GUAGCAGAGCAGCCACCGUACCAGUCAACCACCUCCUCGUCCUCUCCCCACCUCUCUCCCCUUCCCGGAUCCCAUCUUCUCCGAGCUCCAUCCUCCCUCCGCACGUCUAUAAAUAAGGCGCCCGCGGCGCCCGUCGAUUCGCGUCACAGGUUCCCCGAGCGCGCUAAUCAUUCCGCGCGCCGCAAAACCCUAGCCGCGGAUCUCUCUCAUGGCGGCCACCACCAGCCAGGCGAGCCUCCUCCUCCAGAAACAACUCAGAGAUCUCGCGAAGCACCCCGUGGAUGGGUUCUCGGCUGGGCUGGUCGACGACAGCAACGUAUUCGAGUGGCAGGUCACCAUCAUCGGUCCGCCCGACACCUUAUAUGAUGGAGGGUACUUUAACGCAAUAAUGAGCUUCCCACAAAAUUAUCCAAACAGCCCGCCAUCAGUCAGAUUUACCUCUGAAAUGUGGCACCCGAAUGUUUAUCCAGAUGGGCGGGUGUGCAUCUCUAUUCUUCAUCCACCUGGUGAAGAUCCCAAUGGCUAUGAGCUUGCAAGUGAGCGUUGGACACCUGUGCACACGGUUGAGAGCAUAGUUCUGAGCAUUAUUUCUAUGCUUUCUAGUCCAAAUGAUGAGUCGCCGGCAAAUAUUGAGGCAGCUUUAUACCUGUCAUAUUUUCGCACAGAAGGAAUGGAGAGAGAAGAGGGAGGACUUCAAGAAAAAGGUUAGGCGCAUCGUGCGGAAAUCACAAGAAAUGUUCUGAAUAAAAUGGGAGUACUGUCAGGCUGCAAGAUUUUGCUGUCAGAUCUCCGAAUACCAUCUGACGCCAGCGUCUUCAAGUCUCCCCUGUAUAUUUUCCGUUUAGCGUCUGUCCAUUGGUGAAUAGUGGUUUUGUCUCAGGAAAUGCACUGGGACGUGUCGCCUAUUCUAAAGGUUCUGCUGUAUCGUGUGACUUGGGCUACCAAUGAUGAGAAACUUGUAAGUGUUGAACUCUAUUGACGAACCUUGUAUAAACAAACUUCAUUCUAAUUGGCUAUAUCAGACAUUUAAUACA